GAUCACCACCGUGAGUAGCGCAGCAUGGGGACACGUUGGGAGCUUUUACAAUGUGUGAAUAGCUGUGUUGUGAUAGAAGAAACCCGAUGGUUCUGUGAAAUCUGAAACAACAUGAAGGCUUCUGCCUGUCAAGUUCAGCACAGUGGAUGCGCGCUGGAUCCAGCAGACAGGAUGAACUGAGACAUUACGCGCAAGAGGCUGCCACGGGCGAGUGUCAGUUUUGACCUUUGUGGAAAUAAUAACAAUCAUUCUGGAACAAACAAGUCGGUGAGCAUGUAUCAAUGAAGAAUGUGACUGCGUCUGACUGUCUCCAAACGGGGUUGAUGAAGCCCUCGGCGGUGUCAUGCGUCUUGCCCCGCAGCCAAGCGCGCAACCCUUGCGGCUGAUAGCUCUACUUAUCCUCACCACGGGGGUGACCACAUCCCCGGUGCUCUCCUCGGGCUGCCCGGACAGGUGUGUGUGUGAUGACCAGCUGGUGGUUCAAUGCGCUGGGCAGCACUUGACCACCUUCCCGGUCAACUUGCCGCUGGCCACGCGGCAGCUUAUCAUCUCCAACAACCGCAUCGUGGAGCUGCCGCCGCUCGCGCUCAACUACCUUUCCGAUCUGGUGUACCUGGACUGCAGCAACAAUUCCCUGACGGAGAUAUCCGAGUCCACGUUUGGGAAUCUACGGAAGCUGGCCUACCUGGACCUCUCCUUCAACACCUUGGCCAGGAUCGAGGACCGGACGUUCGGCCCCUUGGCGAGCUUGGUGAUGCUGAGGAUGACGGACAACCCGAGGCUCUCGGAGAUUCACCCGGACGCCUUUGCCGAAAACGCGGCCCUCCAGGUGCUGGAUGUGAGCCGGAACAACUUGACGGUCCUCAACAUCACCUCCCUGAUCGCGCUGCCCGCCCUGCGCUCCGUCGGGCUCAGCGGGAACCCCUGGAGCUGCGAGUGCGACAACGAGGACCUCUGCCUGUGGGUGCACCUGGAGGGCUUCAAAUUUCAAGAUGAAGGUCAGACGGUGUGUGGCUCACCAGCUGACAUGCAGGGCCGUCGUCUUGGUGAAGUGGGGAUCCAGCUACGGACGUUAUGCCACCAGACUCUGGGCUCCUGGGACUACCUUUUCUUUGUCAUCAUUGGCUUUGUCAUCUUUGCCGCCGGCACCGUGUCGGCCUGGGUGAUGGGCGUCAUCAUGGUUCUCUAUGAGCGCUACAUCAAGAAGAAAGAUGAGCAGCUGGAUCCUGACGAUGAGGGGGAGACCAGUGAGGCCGGACGUAGCUCACGGGCCAGGAGUAACCAUGGCAACGGGAAUUUAAAAAACGCACAUACUGUUUAAAA